AUGAAGCACUCUCACGGCAAGGACUUGACCCACAUCUCCACCAAGGCAAAGGAGGUCAUUGAGUUUGUCAACGCACAUGGCAUCGAGGUUCGCUUCUCCGGGGAAGACUCCUUCCGCUCGAACUUCGACGACCUCCUGAACCUCUACUCCCUUGUCGACCGUCUCGGUGUCCGGCGCGUGGGUAUCGCCGACACCGUGGGAGUUGCCUCGUCCCGUGACGUCUUCAACAAGAUUAGCGCCCUGCGCAGAGUUGUUGGCUGUGACAUCGAGACGCACUUCCACAACGACACGGGUUGCGCAGUGGCCAACGCCUACACCGCCCUGGAGGCUGGGGCAACCCACAUCGACACGACGGUGCUCGGCAUCGGCGAGCGGAACGGCAUCACGUCUCUCGGCGGCCUGGUCGCUUCUUUGCUUCCUACGGAGCGCAAGUAUGUCUUGAGCAAGUAUAAGGUUGAGACGUUGAGCUACCUCGACAGCCUCGUCGCCCAGAUUGUUGGAGUGGAAGUUCCUUUCAACAACUUUGCAGUAUCCCACUUGUGA